CGAAACUCUGUCCCCGUCACGCUCUGAUAAAGACGCCUCCAGCCUAUCACCGACCGCCUUCCCCUUCUCCCUUUCCCCAGGCCAUUUAUUCGUACUUUCACUGGGGGAUGUCGGGCGGAGCUCACGGUGGCUUUAUCAACGUUAAUCACCAUGCAACCAUACAUUUGAGGAGGAGCUCCCCAGGGGCAGGGCACCUCUAUCGCAUCUAGCACAGUACAGCCCUGUUCGCCACGCCGCCCAGGCAUGAGAUUCACCUUACCAUAGGUUAGAAAUCAAGGGCCAGCCUCUGGACUUCACAACGACCGGGGAGGAUGCCUUGGCUAGUCGACACUGUCAAGAUAUCCAGAUACGAAUGAGUGCCACUCCAGGGCUCUUUUAUCCGAGCAAAGAGAUAUCAAGGUUACCGAGACCACCACCACCUGGGCGCGACUAGUCUGGUUCAGCUGAAUAUUUAUAUUCCCUCCUGCCAACCACCCCAAGGCAACCUGCAUAGCUGUGUUAGCCAGAAUCCAGAUCUCGCGUACAGAAAUGGCUACCAACGACAAAAAGUCUGCGACUCACAAAGUCGUGGAGUACUUCCGCGGGCCCCCCACCAGCAAGGAGGAGAGGAAGCUCGUGUUCAAACUCGACUUCUUCAUUCUCACCUUCUGCUGUCUGGCCUAUUUCAUGAACUACCUGGACCGACAGAAUCUCUCGCAAGCCUACGUGUCUGGGAUGAAAGAAGAGCUCGGGUUCCGGGGGAAUCAGCUGACGGUUGUCAACACCAUCUAUUCCGUGGGCUACUUGAUCGGCAUCGUCCCCAACAAUGCCAUGCUCACCUACUUCAACCCCCGCAAAUUCUUCCCUUUCAUGAUGACGGUGUGGGCAUGCCUGACCAUGGCCACCGCGGGCGUCCACAAACCCGAACACAUCAUGGCCAUCCGCAUCUUUCAGGGGUACUUUGAGUCCUGCACGUUCGCCGGCACCCACUACAUCCUGGGCUCCUGGUACACCGAACAUGAGCUGGGAAAGCGAUCGGGCAUCUUCACAGCCUCAGGUCUGGCGGGCGGCAUCAUCGGUGGACUGCUACAGAGUGCCAUAUACCGCACUAUGGAUGGUCUGGCCGGGUUUGCCGGGUGGAGAUGGCUGUUCAUCAUUGACGGCAUCAUCACUCUUCCCGUCGCCGCAUACGGCUUCUUCCUCUUCCCAGAUACGCCUAGGACCACUCAGGCCCCCUACUUCUCCGAGGCCGAGAAGGCCCUGGCGCUCUCUCGAGUGCCCGAGAUCCCACGCCAGCCCGUCUUGACCAAAGCGUUCGUCCGCCGCAUCCUCACGUCGUGGUACACGUGGGCGUUCGGCAUCCUGUGGAUCCUGACCAACUGCUCAGAGCAGCAAAGCACAUCGUCGCUUCUCCAGCUGUACAUGAAAUCAUCCCCGGGCCCCAAAUACACCGUGUACCAGAUGAACAACUGGCCGACGGGCGUGCAGGCCGUGGGCAUCUUUUCCACGCUGUUCUGGUCCAUCGUCACCGACAUCUUCGGCCGCCGCUGGAUCGCGGGAUAUUACAUCGCUCUCACGGGCUUGAUCUCCGCCAUCAUCAUCCUCAUCCCGAGCACGCCCGUGGCCGGCAUCUUCGGCGCCUACUACUGGGCGGGCUCCAUUUAUGCGUGUCAAGCCACGUUCUUUGCCUGGGCCAACGACACUAUGCGCCAUGAGGACCAUGCCUUCCGUGCAGUCGUCAUUGCUAUCAUGAACUUUGGCGGCAAUACCUUCAAUGCUUUCUGGCCUCUGUUGUUCUACGCGGCCGAUAUGGCUCCUUGGUUCAGGAGGGGCAUGUACUGCAUGAUUGUCAUCUGUAGCUUGUUGUUGAUCUGGAUCACCGUCAUCCUGAUCACGUUUCGGCGCAUGAAGAGAUUCCACCCCGGUACGGUGGAGGUUCUCGAGGGUGUCGGCCAAGAGAGCGAGAGAUCGGGCUCUAUUGCCGCGGUCAUUGACCAGGCCAUCGAACAUAAAGGCGCCUUGCAGAUGCCGGCCCAGAUAGCUUGAUGGAAGCUGCUUGCUCCGGCGUGUGACGUGUCUGUAUAUUGAAGGUCAAUGGUCAUCUGAACCGGAUUCAAGACAGCACAGUGUGUAACUGGACUAUUUGCCUUUUUGCCUGCGUUUCAAGUACAGUCCAUAUUGCAGGGGGACACUGAGGAUUAUGGGUGGAUGAUGAAAAUGCACGGUUCGAUGAUGACUGCCUGAUCACGUUAAAGUACAGCGGAGGACGUUCGGUCUUAUUCUGAAUGCAUUUUGAUCUCUUGCCUUCCCACUGCACAUGUAAAAUCCG